AUGGGGAUGCAGGGGCGUCGCAGAACGUUCACAGGACUGGCGCACUACAGAGUGGGUAACACGGCUCAAGUGUGCGCAGUAGUGGCUCCUCUGCACCGGGGAUGCCACGCAUGUUCGGCUCGGGACGCGGAGAAGCUUCGAAAGAAGGCCAAGAAAUCAGACUGUCGCGCGCGUUCAUCUGGUUACGUGCUGCGCACAUGGCACGGAAUCCAGGCGAAUGUGGUCUGCCAGCACGCGCUUCGGGCAGACGUGGGCUUUGAUGCGCCUUGCGAACUCGUGCUAAUUCGACGCGUUCCAUGUUUCACGCAGUGUCCCGGCACGCCCUUACGGUAUCGCCGGCAGAAAUCGCCAGGAGCACUGGCUUAUAGUCGCCCAAACUUCGCAUAUUGCAAAGUGCGUGAAUGCGGUGCUUCGUCAAGGUUGUGUGGUGCCCUCUCUCUACUCAGCGAGAAAGUCCACGGGGACACGCGGUACACGGCUCCAGUGCUGCGCUCCUACGUUCUACGCCAUUAUGUGGCUGAAGCUUGCAAAGCCUUCACAGUCCCAUUGUGGCUGCCUCUCCGCUUGACCAAGUCUUUCGUGAACUUGUACAGCACUGGUAUCGGUGGGCCUCUGAACACCCAGAGGACGGAGAAGAUAGCCAUCCACAGGAAGGCCGCUGCGUUGUCGGCGGCGGCCUUUUACUUCACUCAGACACUGCUGACGAGAUGUCGGAGGCGCUGA